AUUUCGACCAAAUAGUCAACAUUUCCAUUUCUUAUCUUACAAACCAAUCAUUCAAGUUAAGAUUACUCCGAUCAUGAAAUUCGCUCUUAUUUUAUUCUUUGUAUUAAUACAUUCUACAUUAACGUAUAAAGUUUUGGUUUUCAAUCCUGCUUAUGGUGCAAGUCAUUCUAAUUUUCUUGGAAAAAUAUCUGAUAUUCUCAUUGAUGCAGGACACAAUGUGACUAUGCUGAUCCCAGAGUAUCUGAUAACUAAGAAAGAUUUUGUUGGCUCAAAAAAAGUGAAAGAUGUAGUGAGAAUAGGAAGAGACGAGAGAGCUGGAAAACUUUUCGAAGAAGAAGGGAUUGAGCAUAUGGGAAGGGCAAGAGUAUGGAGAAUGGAUCCUGAAAUGAUGUCUCUGGUAACGAUUGUCGGCUCAAUGAACCUGGCUAUAGGCUACCAGUGUGAAUAUAUUUUCCAACAAAAAGAUAUUAUCGAUCGUCUGAGAAAUGAGCAUUUCGAUCUUGCAAUAACGGAAUCCCUUUUUGCAUGCCCAUUUGCUUUAUUCGACCACAUUGGAAUCAAGAAUGUCAUAAAUGCAGAGUCGAAUUUAUUUAAGGACGCUGUAAAGUAUGCUCAUGGAGAGCCAGCUGCGAUCAGUUACUACCCUGGACUUUUCUCUCCACAUGAUGACAAAAUGUCGUUUGUAGCACGUGUCAAAAACAUGAUCACAAUGCUUUUUACGAAAUAUCUGUAUGGAUCAAGAUAUGAAAAAGAGCUGGAGAUGAUUAAGCCAUAUUAUAAUGGAACUGAAACUUGGGAAGAUCUUUUCACAGGAGUAGCAUUUAAUUUGAUAAAUUCAAAUCAAUACAUUGAUUAUCCGUCUCCAGCUUUGCCUAAAACUGUUUUUGUUGGCGGAAUGCAGGUUAACACAAACGAGGCUAAAACAAAAUUAAGUGAUGAAUGGAAUAAUAUACUUAAUAUACGCAAGCAGAAUGUUUUGAUUUCAUUCGGAUCAAAUGCAUUUUCAUCGGAAAUGCCUGAGGAGUUCAAAAAAUCAUUUUUAUAUGUGUUCGGAAAUAUGCCUGAGAUUACUUUCAUCUGGAAAUAUGAAGAAGCCAAUGCAACUUUGACUAGUCAUCUGCCAAAUGUGAAACUUACCACGUGGAUGCCACAAAACGAUUUGUUAGCUGAUGAUCGUUUGACACUAUUCGUCACCCAUGGUGGGUUGGGCAGUACAAUGGAGUUAGCUUAUCAGGGGAAACCGGCACUGAUAAUUCCCCUUAUGGCUGAUCAGCCAAGAAAUGCUCAUAUGCUCAAAAGGCACGGAGGAUGUCUUCAGUAUCACAAAACCAUGCUUGGGGACUCCGAACAAUUAUUAAAAGCUUUUAAAACUGUACUGACUGAGAGAAAAUAUUCUGAAAAUGCUCAGAGACUUGCUAGAAUCUUGAGAGAUCAACCAGUUUCUCCAAAGGAUCUUGUUUUAAAGCACUGCGAAUUUGCAGUUGAACAUGGGGCUCUAAAUUCUUUAAAUUCUAGAGGAAGAUAUCUAAACACUUUCCAAUUUUAUUCAUUUGACAUAGCAAGUUCUAUUGUGAUGUUAGCACUUUUGGUGUUAGUUUUUAUAUAUUUUACUCUUUUAUUUAUAUUCAAACUUGUUGCCCGAAUUUUUUUAUCGCAGAAAACCAAGAUGGAAUAAAUAAAUGGAUAAUCUAAUUAAAAA